AUGGUUACAAAACGAACAUCUGGUUUACCUUUAAUCUGUCUUGUAUGUGAUGAUAUUGCACGUGGAAUCAAUUAUGAUGUCAUGACAUGUAUGUCUUGUAAAAUAUUUUUUCGACGACAUGUACUCAAAUCGGACAUUAAACUUCAAUGUCAAUUUGAUAAUAAUUGUAAAAUAACAAAAAGAACGAGAAAUAUUUGUUCAGCUUGUCGUUUGAAGAAAUGUUUUUUACUUGGUAUGAAUCAACAAUUAAUACGUCAUUGGUCCUACAAUCAACUUAAAUUAAAACAUAGUCAACUUUUAAAAAUUAAGAAUAAAAAUGAAAAUCAAUUACCAAAGCCUUUACCACUUAGUCUUCUUAAUAAUGAUCGUUCAAAUCUUACAAAUAAUGAAUGGAAUCUUCUUUCAAAUAUUAUUCAUGCUUAUGAUGAAGCAAAUAUAAUUCCACAAAUGAAAUAUUGUCUUAUACAACAAUCAUCAUUACCACCAAAAUUACGAUCAAAAUUAUCAGAAGCAACUGUUAUUUUUCGAGCUCUUCUCUCAUCACUUCAACCAUUUGUUGAACGUUCAUUAUAUUUUCAUAAUUUAUCAAAUGAUACACGUCAAGCACUUGUACAAAAUAAUUUUGAAAUAGCUGGUACGUUGAAUUCUGUUUUUAUUAUUCGUGAAAUUAAUGCAUUAGAUAAUAUGACAUUUGUAGCUAGUUGUGCUACAUUUUAUGGAGAUAAAGUUGUCAAACAAUCAUUUCAUUUAACUUCACAAUUAGAAUCAAAUGGUAUACUUGUUAAAAUAAUAAUUUUAAUUUUAGCAUUUUCAACUAAUACUUCUAUUGUUAAUCCUUAUUAUUCAGAAAAUAUAAUGAGUAUAUCCAGUGCAUUAACUGUAUUUCAUAUAGAAAGUAUACUUGUGACAAUGUUUUGGAAAUAUUUAAAUUAUCAAUAUGGAUAUAGAGGAGCUGUACGAUGUUUAAAUUCUUUAAUACGAAGUAUUCUGGAUAUUCUUUAUAGUGCAAAUGAAAUGAGAAAUGAACAACAUGACAAUAUGGUUGAUACGGUUGUUGAAGAAAUAAAACAUUCAUUGACAAUUGAAAAUUGA